AUUAAUGGCAUAUACUGCAGAAUGAGUCAAGACAAACAGUGUUGGGUGGUUGGCUUGUCACUGAUUGAAGAUUUAAUCACCUGUUGUUGUGUUGAAAGUCAAACUAAGGAACCUCAGUAAAGGGAAAGGAAGACAAAACAGUCAAGUGUUGCAUCACCAGCUUUGAGGACAAGAAGCAGUCCAAAUUUUAAAGCCAAAUUGAAGGGUUUAUUUAUUAUUAUUAUUUAUUUCACCAACUUCAGAGGAGGAAAUAGUCUAAUGUCUGAAUUCAAAUAUCAAUGUCUCAAUUGUUAGACCCUUUCUUCCUCUUAAUCUUCAGCAUCUUGACCUUAUAUAAAUACUAUUAUCACACAAUACUUCAAACACACAGAAAAAAGAAACAAAAAAAAUAAAAAAGAACUCUCUCUAAAGCCUCAAACCAUUCGGUCAGUUCCCCAAUUAAGCCAAUUUCACAUCACCGCCCACGGCUUCACUAUUUGGAAGUAGAUUGUAGGAAGUCAUGACAACCCUUCAAACUUCAAGUACGCUACUAGCUGGUAUAUCAUCUUCACCGUGUUGUUGCAGAAGAACUGCCAGAGCUGCUACAAAUGUACCCAAAAUUAGAAUUGGUCCUCUGUUUUCCCCAAAGCUCUCUAAUCUAGGUUUGAUGGAAGAAUUAAGCCUCAAAGAUUGCAGAAUUCCAACUACUACACCAAUGGAAAAGGAUCCCAUUUCUGGUCUAAAUUUUAAUAAUUCUUCAAGUAAUUCUGAUCCCAUGGUGAUAUCCAAGCUCUAUGCAAUUAUGGAGAUUGUGGCAGAUAGAGUAGAGAUGCACAAAAACAUUGGAGAGCAACGCGAUAAUUGGAAUCGCCUUCUUUUAACCUCCACUAAUGCUAUCAUUCUCACAGCUGCUACCAUGUCAGGACUUGCAGCCACAAGCCCUUUCAUGAAGGUCUCUUCAACAAUACUUUAUCUUGCAGCCACUGGUUUGUUGGCUAUGAUGAACAGCAUCCAGCCAUCUCAACUUGCUGAAGAGCAAAGAAAUGCAACCAGGUUAUGUAAACAACUUCAUCAUCAUAUUCGCGAGAUGCUGACCAUUGGCAAUUUUAACAUUAAUGAUGUAAAUGAAGCAGUGGAGAAAAUUUUGGCUAUAGAUAGAGCAUAUCCACUUCCUUUGCUAGGUGCUAUGCUUGAAAAAUUCCCGUCAAGUGUGGAGCCUGCAGUUUGGUGGCUACAACCAAAGCAAAAACAAGCUAUAGGGCUUGCUAGGAUGACCCACGGCAACGGUUGGAAUGGAGAAUUGGAAGAUGAAUUAAGAAAGAUUGUUCAGAUUUUGAAGGGGAGGGAUAAGGCAGAUUACUUAAAAUUGGGUAAACAGGCCUUGAAAGUUAACAAGAUCCUGGCAAUUACUGGUCCUGUAUUGACUGGCGUCGGAGCUCUAGGAUCUGCUUUUGUGGGUACUAAUCCAUUGUCUGUCAUAGUUGGAGUUAUCUCUGGUGCUUUGGCAAGCAUUAUAAACUCAAUUGAGCAUGGCGGACAAAUAGGGAUGGUGUUUGAGAUGUAUCGAAGCAAUGCUGGUUUUUUUAAACUUAUGGAAGAGACUAUUGAGUCUAAUGUAAGGGAAAGAAUGGUAGAGGGAAGAGAAAAUGGAGAAUUGCUGGAAAUUAAGGUUGCUCUACAGCUAGGAAGAAGUUUAUCAGAGCUCAAGCAUUUAGCAGAAUCUUCUCCCUCAAGAAAUGGUGUAGAUACAGAGGAGUUUGCAAGCGAGCUCUUCUAAGUUGCACUGUAUAGAAUUUAUCAUAUGUUGAUCUUGUUUAUAGUUAAUUAAUAUAACAAUGAUAGCUGCGCCA